AUGGGCGAAACAAUAGCCGACGUGUAUGCGGAGAGCAUUGAUCCCGAGAUCUACGCCAAUAAUCCGGCAUACUCCUCUCUCUUUACCCCAUAUAUUCACAAACAAACGAUAAUUGCCGAUCAUGUUUCAGUACAAUGCCACAUAGACCUCAAUGGAAUUGACGCCGUUGGGUCGAAGUUUGGCAAUCUCAAUGCACACGCGGGUAAUUUUACCUCACUGUGUGCGCCUAACUGCCUACCCGAAAGACUUGCGCUUGUCGCUUACACUGUGGAAUAUGCAUUCCUUCAUGAUGAUGAAACCGAUAAUGCCGCUGAUCAAGAAGCUUUGUUGCUCGAAAACAAAAUGCUUCACCAGGCUAUUAAUCAGAGCAGUAUGACUUCUGUAUCGAACAGGGUUUCAGCUAAAGCACAACGCAAAUCCGAGGUCCAGGCCAAGAUUGCGGCCGAGUACCUGCGUUUGGAUCCCGUGUUCGGCGAAUUUUUCCUUAAAGCGUGGCAAACAUUCACUGCCUCGGUACAGGACGUGAGGAGUCUUGAAUUUCCCAGUCUGGAUGACUACCUGGAGUUCAGAAUUGUUGAUGCAGCAGCAGACUGGACACUUUAUAAUUUCCGAUGGGGAUCAGGCAUCACACUCACCCCCGAGGAAGAAAAAAUCGCUGAUCCUAUGAGCUACGUCGCAUAUGCGGAAUUAUGCCUGGUAAAUGACUUGUUCUCUUGGGACAAGGAAUACGACGCUCAUGUGAAAAGCAAUGGCGAGGUGCCAUUAGUCAAUGCGGUACAUAUUGUCGCAGUUACACAAGGCCUGACGCACUGCGCAGCAAAGGCAGUUGUCCAAGCGGAGAUCCGAGCCCACGAAGAGCGAUUUUGUUACUUGAAGGAACAGUACAAGGCGACGGCUAGUCCAUCAGAUUCAAUCCUCAGCUGGCUGAAACUGCUCGAGCAUUCAAUGGCUGGAAACUGGGUUUGGAGUCUGUGUGUUCCUCGUUACUUCAAGGUUGAACGGAAUCCGUAUAAAGACCACCUUGAGAAGUUUGGCAGCGAGGCUGUGCGAGUUCUCACGCCUGAAGAGCACCUUCGUGACUCAAAACAAGAGAUUAAUGGUACUAAAGAGAUUGAACUCCAAGAACCUAAGUCAAACAACACAGCAGAGAGUGAUGUCCUGGCCAAGUACACAUCUGGGUAUCCCACAAUCGAUGAGCCCGUGUUAAAUCCCUACACCUACAUCAACUCUCUGCCUUCUAAGAACGUGAGACAGACAAUGAUAGCGGCUCUGAACUCAUGGUACAAGGUGCCCGUGAAGUCCCUCCUGAUCAUAGAGGGUGCAGUUAACUUCCUACACAACUCAUCAUUAUUACUCGAUGACAUCCAGGAUGGAAGUGUCCUCAGACGCGGAAGGCCAGUGGCGCAUCAGAUAUUUGGCGUUGGCCAAACCAUCAAUACUGCGACAUAUCUCAUGAACGAAGCCUUGUAUCUCGUACAGAUGCUUUCCCCGUCUGCGGUUUUAGUUUACACAGAUGAAAUGCGUAACCUACAGCUUGGGCAGGGACGCGAUCUCCACUGGAGCUACCAUACGCAUGUGCCGACCCCUGCGCAGUAUAUCAGCAUGGUUGACGGCAAGACUGGUGGUUUAUUCCGUCUUAUUAGUCGUCUGAUGAGAUCCGAGGCGACGGUGAAUAGGGACCUUGAUAUAAGUCAGUUUGCGACGUUGCUUGGAAGACAUUUCCAGAUCCGAGAUGACUACCAGAACCUUCAAAGCGACGAUUACACAAAAAACAAGGGCUUCUGUGAUGAUCUCGACGAAGGGAAGCUAUCUUUCCCAAUCAUCUUAUCAAUGCAGUCGCCAGGAUUCUCCAACACAGCGUUGUCAAGCGUGUUUAAGGGAUCCCAAAAGGGAGAAACCCUGUCACCUGAGAUGAAACAGUACAUACUGGAGGAGAUCACUGCUCGGGGGGCAUUCUCUCAAACGAAGGCCGUGUUGAGAAAAUUGCACAUCGAACUGCUACGCCUGCUUAUGGAGACCGAACAGAAAGCUGGUGGUAUAGAGAAUUGGGCGUUGCGUCUGUUGAUUAUGAAGCUAGACCUCGGUGAUGAAAAGAAAAAGGAGGCACACAAGAGUGACUCUGCUUGGAAGGUCAACCAGCGACGAGCGUGGAAAGGAAGCCAGAAGAAUGGGCGGCCUAUUGAUAAGGCUUGCUUUUUGAGGGCUAUGGAAGAGGCAUCUCAGAAAUGA